UGCAUCUGCUACAACAAAGAGUUGCAAGCUGCGCUGGGCACUUGCGUAUUGUCGAGCGGAUGCAGCAUCGCCGACGCUCUGGUAUCGCAGCGCGUACAAGCCGAGACGUGUGGAUUCCCGGUCAGAGAUCGUAGUGACACGUUCCGGAUCACGCAGUCGGUACUGUUCCCUCUGGCAACGCUGACCGUAUGUCUGCGAAUGCUCUCUCGGAGUCCUAUGUCUGGAGCGGGGUUCGGCUGGGACGACUGGGUGGUGUUGUUAUGUGUCCUUCCCAUGACAGGUCUGAUUGUGACCAGCUAUAUGGAGGUCGACAGUGGACUCGGACAGGACAUCUAUCGCUUGUCGAUACCGAUGAUCAAGCAUUGUCUUAUGUACUUCUACAUAGGCAACACCUUCUACUCUCCAGUCAUAUUUGGAACCAAGAUCUCGUUCUGCCUCCUAUACCUCCGCAUAUGGAGAGACGCAGGCCUGGCAUUCCGACGGGCUUGUCAGGUUACCGCCGUUGUCCUCGGCAUGGCGUUGAUCAGCUUCGAGUUCUCGACCAUCUUCAUCUGCACACCGCCGAGUUAUGCGUGGAACGCUCUGACCGGUGCAAAAGGACACUGCAUCCAAAGAGACGCGCAGCUCUUCACCAAUUCUGCCUUCAACAUCGCCGCCGACUUUGUGGUCUUGCUCCUACCCAUUCCCAAGUUCUUACACCUCACAAUGUCGAGGGGGAAAAAGGCCGGAGUGCUGGUAACAUUUCUCGUCGGCUUCGCAGUAACAGCCGUAAGCAUAACCCAGCUCGUCUACCUCGUACGAAACGUCGGCAAGAUUUCCAACCCUACCUGGGACUACUUCCCAAUCGGCCUAUGGCGAUGCACAGAAGUGUACCUCUCGAUGAUCUGUUGCUGUCUGCCG